CCUCGCCUGCCCCUUUCCGACUCUGUCAGUCUGGCGGAGCGGCGGAGGGUUUGCGCUUGCGCAGUUCCUCAGGUUUUCCCCUCUUCUGCGUGCUGCCGGGCUUGGCGCUGAGGGGGCGGCUGGGAAACACGUACGCACGCCCUCCCGUGCUCGCGGCAGCUCGCCCCCACACACGCGUACUGCCGGCCCGAAGAGAUGUUGCGGGUUUAUCAGCUAACGGGCGUGAGCGCCGCCGCCCAGAAUUGCCUCUGCAGAAAAUUUAUACUCCGUCCCUUGAGACCAUGCCGUAGAUAUUCUACAACAAGAAAUUCUGGGCUUUCUGCAGGCAAAAUCGCUGGAGCAAGCCUCUUGUUCAUUGGUGGUGGUAUUGGUGGAACUAUUCUGUAUGCCAAGUGGGACCAACGUUUCCGAGACAGUAUAGAAAAGACCAUCCCUUUUUCUGACAAAGUCUUUGAGAUGGUCCUUGGUUCUUCCCAGGUAGCACCAUUGCCAAAGAAGCCGAUUCAGCCUGGUCCACUAAAAAUUUCUAAUGUAUCAGAAGUAAUGAAAGACUCUAAACUCCAAAAACCUAAGGGAGACACUCCAAGUCCUUCAGCUAAAGCACCUACAGAAGACGAUCUGCCCACCCCAUCUCCUGCUGAUCAGCGUGAAGAUUUUGUCCAAGUACCUCCGCUCGAACUGCUAGAAGGAAAACAAAAACCUUUCAUUUCAGGUAAGGAGAAAUUGGCAUAUGAAACUUCAUCUCCUAAAAAAGAGAGACUCCCAGAAGAGGCUGCGGCUCACCAGGAUACAGAGGAACGGGAGAAAGCGGUCCACUCUCUGGCCAAAAGCUUGGAUGAGUCUCUAAGCCGAGCUGCUCAGAUCACUCUGCAGGCCAUUGACGCUCAGCACAAUGCCGUCCAGGCCAUCAACACUCACUCAAGCAUGCUGAAGAAAGCUAUGGAUGACUCAGAGGUCGAGAAUGGAAAGUCAGUGCAGUGGCGGUCAGUGGAGGAUGCCUUGAAGGAGCGCAGAAAGGCCGUUGAUGAAGCUGCUGAUGCCCUUCUGAAAGCCAAAGAAGAGUUUGAGAAAACGAAGAGUGUCAUUGAGAACUCCAAGAAGAGAACCGGGCUCGUGGGGGGCCAGAAUCACAUAGCUGCUGCAGAAGAGAAUCUUCAGAACAUGAUUGUUGAUGUGGAUAAUAUGGUCAAAAAGGUCCAGGCAGCUCAGUCUGAAGCCAAAGUUGUCACUCAGUACCAUGAACUGGUGGCCCAAGCCCGGGAUGACUUUCAAAGGGAAUUGAAUAGCAUCACCCCAGACGUGCUUCCUGGUUGGAAGGGGCUCAAGAUCUCAGACUUAGCUGAGCAGCUGUCCACCGAUGAUCUCAACUCCCUCAUUGCACAUGCUCAUCGCCGUAUCGACCAGCUAAACAGAGAGCUGGCCGAGCAGAAAGUCCGAGAACAGCAGCACAUCGAGGCCGCCCUGGACAAGCGGAAGGUGGAGGAUGAGAAGACAUUUGAAUCAGCGGUGGCCAAAGCGCUGGAGCAUCACCGGAGUGAGAUACAGCUGGAGCAGGACCGAAGAGUUGAAGAAGUCCGAGAUAUGAUGGAAACGGAGAUGAGGACCCAGCUCCGCCGACAGGCCGCUGCCCACACUGACCACCUGAGGGACGUCCUCCGCAUCCAGGAGCAAGAGCUCAAAUACGAAUACGAGCAGGGUUUAUCUGAGAAGCUGGCAGAGCAGGAGCUGCAGUUCAAGCGCCUCAGUCAGGAGCAAGUGGACAACUUCACUCUGGACAUCAACACAGCUUACGCCCGGCUGCGGGGGAUCGAGCAGGCCGUCCAAAGUCACGUGUUGGCUGAGGAGGAGGCCCGCAAGGCCCACCAACUCUGGCUUUCGGUGGAGGCCCUAAAGUACAGCCUGAAGACAGCCUCGGCGGACGGCCCCACGAUCCCCCUGGGCACGGCGGUGGAGGCCAUCCGUGUCAACUGUUCCGACAACGAGUUUGCCCAGGCCCUGAUGGCCGCCAUCCCCGCCGAGUCCCUGACGCGUGGCAUCUACAGCGAGGACGCCCUGAGGGCCCGCUUCCAGCACGUGCAGAAGCUGGCACGUAGGGUGGCCAUGAUCGACGAGACCCGCAACAGCCUGUACCAGUACUUCCUCUCCUACGUGCAGUCCCUGCUCAUCUUCCAGCCGCAGCAGCUCCAGCCCCCAGCCAAGCUGGUCCCCGAAGACCUGGACACAUUCACGCUGCUGUCCUACGCCUCGUACAGCAUCGAGCACGGCGACCUCGAGCUGGCUGCCAAGUUCGUCAACCAGCUGAAAGGGGAGUCGCGCCGGGUGGCCCAGGACUGGCUGAACGAAGCGCGCGUGACCCUAGAAACAAGGCAGGUGGUGGACAUCUUGACCGCCUACGCCAGCGCCGUUGGCAUCGGCACCACCCAGGUGCAGCAGUGAGGGUGUGAGGCCCGGGCACGCGCUCCUGGGCACGUCACCCCGCAUCCAAAGGAAUCCGCCACCAUCUGUUUGGGAGGAUUUGCAGCCAGGUUCCUUGGAGCGGGGCGAGGACCCUCGCACCCCUGGGGCUCUGUCCUGUCACCCGCUGCCUCUUGCAGCCUCCCUGUUUCCAAUCACUAUCAUGUCAGCCAACUCCAGGCACUCUCUUCACACCUCCUGUAACAUUGGCCGUUUUCGGGUUUUACUGAUGGGGCUUUUGAUCCAAUCAAGAUAAUGUUUGUGAUCCCGACCACUAUUGAUUUGGCCACUUGGAGCAAACUGAAUAAAACACAGUGAAAACA